AUGUCUUUCCUAGUCCAGGAAUCCGUCAAAAUAGGCCAGCCGAUAAUUGGAGUUAGCUUCAAUUACCGACUCUCUGGCUUUGGAUUCCUGCAGGGUCGCGUGGUGAAUGAAACUGGAGUCGCAAAUAUUGGUCUCUAUGACCAGCGCUUUGCUCUUCAUUGGAUCCAGGAGAACAUUAUGGCUUUCGGCGGAGAUCCUUCUCGAGUUACAAUUCAAGGGGAAUCGGCUGGGGCUGUAUCAGUUGGACAUCACUUCCUUGCAUAUGGAGGACGCGACGAUGGGCUUUUCCACGCAGGCAUUGCUGAAAGUGGUGGGCCUCUUACUACAAGCCCUUUGGUCUCUCUUGAUCAGCAAGAUGUCCUCUACAACGAUGUCCUCAAUUCGACAAACUGCACCCGAGAAAGGGAUACUCUUCAAUGUCUUCGCUCCCGACCAGCAACGGACUUGAAGGCUGCGUUUCAAGGUGUUAAUUACUAUCCAGUUAUUGAUGGAAAGAUCAUCACCGGGUUGCCCUCAGUUCUCCUAAAGGAAGGGCGAUUUGUGAAGCGUCCUCUCCUUAUUGGAACUAAUACCAACGAAGGAACUACAUUCUCAGUGGCAAGUGGCCGUGGGGUGAACAAUUCAGCUGACUUCCGGGAGAUGAUUGCCCAGUACAGUGGGGGUCAUGGUCUUACAAGUACUACUCUCGACGCUCUUGUGGAUCAAUAUGUCAAUCAACUGUCUGAUAAAGAGGCCCAGGCUGGCCUCGGGACUGUCCUUCUAUCACCAGGCCCAGAAUACGGCUCGCUCUGGGGAAAGGUUACCCUAUAUGCUGGAGACUAUCAGUUCAAUGCUGGUAGACGGUACUCCACCCAGCUGUGGGCUCGAUACGGUGUUCCUGUGUAUAGCUAUCGCUUUGAUGCUGUACCUAAUGGGAUACCCAGUGAAACACUCGGUGCCACGCAUUUCCAGGAAAUUUCCUUCGUUUUCAGAAACUUUGACGGCGUCGGUUACGAGGUCAAUCCUUUACAAUCUACAUCCACGGGAUUGCAGCAAAGCUAUCGGAAUUUGAGCACGCGCAUGAGCCAGAUGUGGCUAAACUUCGCUGCCACACUAUCGCCCAAUGCUCAUCAAGCCCCGAAAGCCAAUGGUACCUGGCCGGUCUAUAGGAACGAGAAUGCGACAAACAUCGUAUUCCAUCUGAACGCAACCCAUCUAGAGCCUGACACCUGGAGGUCAAACGCUAUUGGACGCCUUCUUGAUUCCUUGCACGAAUUUGGGAUUUAA